CUUAUAGGUGUUAAGUUCGUCAGUUGUGUUUAAAAUAAACACCUUAAAAAAACUUUGAAGUGUUUUAUAAACAUCGCCCUUACUCAGUACAAUCAACAGAAAGUAAAUUUGACACGUCCUAAUUACACAAAAACUCGGCGAGAGAUAACGGGGGAUGAACGAUAAAAGGCCGGAACGAAGAUCGUAUCAGAGGCUCCCGCUAAUUACCGCACAAUUCCCCCAAUUACAUAUCUGUACUUCCCAGGCACGAUUCUCGCGUGAGUGCUCGCUAUCUCCCGUCUUUCGCCCAAAGGUUCGCAAUCAUGAAGUAAUAAUUCACGUCCAAACUAUAUAGAUUCAUCAGAAACCUCCCUCCCCAUCCAACUUCCCGAAAAAAAAACCGCGGGUGUUCUCGGAAGGCCUCGGUACUGUGCCGGCGAUCGUGACUUUUUGGGGAUAUUCCUUGUUCGUGCGUCUGACGGUCAGGGUUUUUCUCUUGGCCGGGGGAAGUGAAUGAAGAAACUUCCUUUCUCUGCCUAACUCACCAGGUGGUUAAAACAUAAGAUGGUGACAAAUAUAGCAACCAUUGUGUAAAGACUUUUGAUUAUUAAAAAAGCAAUUGGAUUUAUCUGUCCGCCUUGAUGCUGUAAAGGGGAAAAAAGAGAACAAAUAAUUUUUAAAAAUGCAGAGAUAUUUACUGGUACCCAUUCUCACCAUUAUUUCACUUCCGGUUUACACUGCCAACGUAUUGGUCGAAACAACAUCCGGUUAUAUUCGUGGCUUCACCCAGGAUGUAGAAGGGACAACAGUCUACACAUAUCUAGGUAUUCCGUUUGCUCAACCACCCGUGGGCGAUUUAAGAUUCCGUCGGCCAGUUCCCAUAGAAAAGUGGACUGGCGUCUUCAAUGCGACAUCACUAGGAAACUCAUGUGUUCAAAUUCCCUUUGAAUCUUUCCAAGACAAGAAGGGUAAAAAGUCUGAGGAUGCCUGGAAUCCAAAUACCGCUUUGAGCGAGGACUGUUUACAUUUGAAUAUAUGGGUACCGGAAGUGUCAGGAAGUGCGAAACUGACGACGAUGGUGUGGAUUUACGGUGGUGGCUUUGUGACGGGGACCUCCACGUUAGAUGUGUAUAACGGGGCGAUGUUGGCGGCCCUACAGAACGUGAUAGUCGUGUCAAUGAACUAUAGGCUGGGACCCCUAGGAUUCCUUUACCUGGACACGGAAGAAGCGCCGGGAAACAUGGGUCUCCUGGACCAACAGUUGGCCCUCCAGUGGAUACAUUCCAAUGUUGUCUACUUCGGGGGCUCCCCUCAGGAUCUAACGCUGUUUGGGGAGAGCGCAGGCGCAGCUAGCGUGGCCUAUCAUAUGAUGGCGAACGAUUCACGUGACCUGUUUCACAGCGCCAUUUUACAAAGUGGUUCCUCUUUAGCUCACUGGGCCUACAACAGCCCGGAAGUCUCGCUCAAGUACGCAGAGAACCUAGCUAAAGCGUUUAAAUGCGACUCACCGAACCGGAAGUCAAUGAUCAGUUGUUUGAGAGAUGUAGAUGCAGGAGAAUUGUCGAAGCGGAUGUUCUACCUUUCCAUCACCCCUGUGACUUUUAACUUCGUUCCAACCAUUGAUAACCAGUUUAUAUACGAGUCGCCAUCAAAGUUUAUUAACUCGGGACAUUUCCCUGCCAAAAAAUUACUGCUAGGAGUGAACAGAAACGAGGCUCUGUACUUUCUAUUUUACGCCAUUUAUGCAGAAAUGGAAUGGCCAAAUAAUACAUUGUCGCAGUCCAGUUACAUGAAAAUAUUGCCGUUAGCGCUUUCUAAAAAUGGUUUCGAAAAAUUAGAAAUUAAGAAGGAUAAACUUGUGAUCGACGCCAUCUUGGAUCGAUAUGAGAGUAAUCUACUUCCGGGGGACACACGGGACUACCUGAUGAUUCUCGAUGAUAUAAUCGGGGAUUUCGCAUUUAAGUGCCCAGUCAUACAGCUUGCACAGAACUACGCCAAGUCCCCCGGAAGUUCCGUCUAUUUUUACGAGUUCAACCACCGCCCGUCCGUCUCGGACUGGCCCGCCUGGUCGGGGUCUCUCCAUGGCGACGAGGUCCAGUUCCUGUUUGGACUUACGCUGAAACCGGAAGCUGCGUAUACCAUGGAUGAACAGAAACUCAGUCAGGACAUGAUGCAGUACUGGACCAAUUUUGCAAAAACCGGGAAGCCGUCUGCUGACUGGGAUAUAUACUCCCACGAAGAUGAGAGUUACCGGAAGUUGACAAUGCAAAUAGGUCCUUACGAUAGCAUUCUGGGAAGAGGGCUCAAACACAGCUACUGUCAGUUUUGGAAUGACUUCCUGCCAAAACUUAAGGAGUCCCUUAAACAAGCUCAGAGCAAAUGUGAGUGUGGCACUAGUACCGGAAACGGCAACUCAACGAGUCACGUGAUGCAUGCACUAAUAAUAACGGUGGUACUGUGUACUAGCCUACUGAUCCUAAUCAGAUAAUGCUGGCCUUUACAUGUUAUAGGGUUUUGACGAAAUUUUAUUACUCAGGUUUUAAAUUUUUAUAUAUGACUUUGAAUUGACAUUUAUUAGCAAUAUUAUGAAUUGAGUUUGCCGAGUUAUUAGAAAUAAGUAACUGAUUUUGCUCAUUAAUGUUUUGAUUCGCACGCGCGUUUUAAUUUUAUC